AUGCUGAGGUGAGUCAGAUCAGGCCCUGCCCGCCAGGGGCUCCAAGUCCGGUGGGGGCAGGCAGAGCCCAGGGUGGGUUCGGCAGGAAGACUGGCUGUGUCUGGAGGAGGGGUGCGGUGUGGAGGUGAGCUUUCUGGGGAGAUGGUGUUUAGGAACUUCUCCAGGGCCGAGGGAAGGUAAUGCAGGCAGAGGGACCCUAAGGUGAAGGCGUGGAGAGGCUGGGAGUUUUCAGAGGAUGGAGAAUAGUGCUUUGUGGUCCACUGUAGAAUGUGAGGGUACGGGGAAAUGAGGAUGGAGAGGCGGGUAGGAGGCAGCGCCUCUAGCCCAGCAGUUGACUGUCCCUUGAGGGUGAUGGGGAGCUAAGGGUGUGAGCAGGGGAGGGACAGCGUCUGGUCUGGGUUCCAGAAAGCUCCUUCUGGGGCCCAUGGGGGAGGCUUGAAGGGGAGAGAAGAGCUUGGCAAUCCAACAGGUGGGACAUGAGACAGGACAAGGGUGCACUGGGGCCAGGGCAUGAGAGGGAAAGGAGGGAAGGAGCCAGAAAGUUUCAGGGGGUGGGAGGAACUGGACUCAGGGAUCCAAGGGCUUUGUAGGGUGAGAGGCAAGAAGAGGGCAAGGAUAGUGCCCGGGGGUGUGCUCCAACUAACUGGAUGGGGUGAUGGUGUCCUCCCUGGUUUGGUGGAAGAUGCUGAGCUCAGUGGGGGUGUGGCUGAGUGUCAGGGUCUGGGAGACGGUCAGAAGCAGGUGAGGACCUGGGCUGGAGAUGGAGUUUGGGAUGCUCUCAGAGCAUCAGAGGUCACUGGAGCUCACCUGGUAAGAAGAUGCAGAAUGGAGUUUUCCAGGAGAACCGGCCUUGAGAAGUGGAGGGAGGAGGAGGGGCAGGAGGCUGCAUGGGGGCCUGGGAGGGCACAGAGAGCUGGGGACCAGGAGAGCUUAUGGGGUCAAGGGAAGAGCAGUUUCUAGAAGGACAUGGGCUGCCAUGUCAUGGCCCUCAGGGUCCCCCAGACUUGCCAUCUGACUCUGAGCUGUCAGUUUGCCAGAAGAGCUGCCUCUGUGUGUGUGUGUGUGUGUGUGUGUGUGUGUGUGUGUGUAUGGGUGGGUGGGUGGUUCUCUCUUUAAAUGGCCACUAGAAGAGGGGGUUCUGGAACUCCUGCUGCCUCACAGAGACCCAGUCUCCCUUCCCCCACCCUCUGGGCUCUGUCUGAGAAGCCCUGGGAGCUGUGGGUGAGUCAUUUAGGUGGGUGUGUGGUGGGGAAGGCAAGGGACAGGCCAAAGUCACGUCCACUGGGGGAUGGAGGUCUCUGGAAGGCAGAGGUUCCUAAGCAGUGAUGCCUGAGGGGGCAGGUGGUCUUGGGUCUGAGAGGGGCCUGAGGGGGGUGGUCCCAGAAGUAGGGGCACCAGGCAGGGGCACAGGCGUAGCCAUCUGGGAUAUGGAGGGACACGCAGGAAGGGGUCUCAGGGACCUGGGGGUGGGAGGAGCGUUGGCCAAUCCUGCACGUGUGGUCCUAGGCAGCAGCCUCCCUGGCAUGGGGGUGAAGCGGAGCCUUCAAAGUGGGGGCACCUUGCUGGGCUUCUUGGCCAACAUCCUCACCAUUCUGUCCACGGCCACCAACUACUGGAUCCGUUACUCUGGGGGCCACAGUGGCCUGUGGCAGGAGUGCAGCGGGGCCACCUGCUCCAACAUCCCCUGCCAGAGUGUGCUGGCGGCGACCGGGGCGUGCACGGUGCUGGCGGCCGGCUGCAGCAUCGUGGGCUUGGUGACGGGGCUGCGGAUUCUGUGCCAGGAGGGCGACUCGCGGGGCCGGACCACGAGUGCCAUCUUCUUCCUCUGCGGCCUGCUGCUGCUGAUCGCCGUGACAGGCUACACAGUGAAGAACGCAUGGAAAAACGACGUCUUCUUCUCCUGGUCCUAUUUUUCGGGGUGGCUGGCUUUACCCUUCUCUGUUCUCGCGGGCUUCUGCUUUCUGCUGGCGGACACGAUCAUGCAGAGCACGGAUGCCAUCAGUGGAUUCCCCGUGUGCUUAUGACCGCAGCUGCCUGGGGCAGAAAAAAGGAACUGCUUCCAUU